GACUUUUCUGGACCGGUCAUGUCACGAAUUCCGCUCCCUGUCUCGGGACACUCCCCUUCACAGAACAGAAGUUCAGCUUCCCCCGUUCCAUUUCCUGGUGAAAGGGCCUCAUCUCCACUUCCGCCUUCACGACAUCAAUCUACCGCAUCGGUCUCAAUGUCUUCACUCUCAGGUAUGCAGUCAGAGACGCGAAGGAGACAGUUGAAAAAGGACGAGGCCAUUCGGAGGAAGAACGAGUUGGACCUUGCUAGGAAGCGUACCAUUUCAACGACCCAUCACCAGCAACGGAACAGGCGUGGACAAAAGAAUACCGCUCCGAAAGGCACCGUAGCUGCACUAAAGCCCACUCCAGCUCUUACGGUCCCAGAGAACAUCACUGUUGCAGAAGCUAGUCAACUAUGUGCCGCAAAGCGAACCGAUUGUGUUCUCGUUGUUGACGAUGAGGAGGGUUUGAGCGGUAUCUUCACUGCUAAAGAUCUGGCUUAUCGAGUGACAGCGGAAGGACUCGAUCCACAUACGACCCCGGUACACCAAAUCAUGACGCGCAAUCCUAUGGUCACACAGGACACGACCAGUGCCACCGAAGCGUUGCAACUCAUGGUCUCGAGGCAUUUCAGACAUCUGCCCGUUUGCAACGAGGAAGGAAAUGUCGUUGGACUUCUCGAUAUUACCAAGGUCUUUCACGAAGCACUCGGGAAAGUGGAACGUAGUUCAGCCGCUUCAGAACAGCUCAUCAGCGCCAUGGCUGGGGUACAAUCAGAACUCGGCAAUGUCGGCUCAAAUCCUCAAGCUGCUGCCAUGUUGGCAUGGGCUGAAAAGCUACGGGAAAAAACUGCACUCCCUGACUUGACCACGGUGAUGGACUCCCGCACUCAACCUGCCACUGUCGGUCCUAAGACUACAGUCCGUGAAGUCGCAAAGCUGAUGAAGGAGAGGAGAACCACGGCUGUUUGUGUUAUGGAGGGAGCGGGAAUGAACGGAUCUACAUACCCCAGAAUUGCUGGUAUAUUCACCAGUAAAGAUGUAGUCCUUCGUGUCAUUGCUGCUGGUUUGGAUGCCAGCCGCUGCAGUGUCGUCCGUGUCAUGACCCCCCAUCCGGAUACCGCUCCUCCAACCCUCAGUAUCCACGAUUCGCUCAAGAAAAUGCACAAUGGCCAUUACCUUAACCUUCCCGUCGUUGAGGCUGAUGGUCGUCUUGUUGCCAUCGUUGAUGUUCUGAAGCUCACGUACGCUACUCUAGAGCAGAUGAAUGCCGUUAGCGGAGAUCAGGGCGGAGAAUCUGAAGGUGGUCCUAUGUGGGGUCGUUUCUUUGAAUCCAUUGGUGGUGACGAAACAGAGUCGUUGAUGUCGGGUUCGCACAUACCUCCUGAAUUGAAAACGCUGCCAUCAAAUGCUAGCUUUUCUCAAGUCCAGCAAUCCCCUCACUCUGAAGUCCAUCCUAACGAUUCGGCAUCGGUCAUGGACGACGAAGUCUCUGUUAUAUCUCGUGGCAAAGUGGUACCUUCGUCACUUCCUGUCGACGACGGAACGUAUGUGUUUAAAUUUCGCACACCCGGUGGUCGUAACCACCGGUUCCAAUCCCGUCACGACGACAUUGAACAUUUACGGGAAAUCGUUGCUGGAAAGCUCAUUACGGAUCCCUUCUUCACGGAUUACAAGCCAACGGGUGAGAACAGCACCCCGCCAGACCCCAUUGACUUCCAUUUGAUGUAUACGGAUGCCGACGGCGACACGGUACUUAUGACAUCUGACCACGAUGUUACUGAUGCUGUGAGGAUUGCCCGUCUUGCGCACAUGGAUCGUGUAGUCCUUCUUGUUCAAGGAGGCAAAGGAUGGGAAGAAGCGGGGGCUAGCAAGAACGCAGAGGAAGCCGCUGAAGUCGCUGCAAUUGUUGAGAAAGAGGUUAAAGAGCCGGCCAAGGAAGAACUCUCUGUAGCUGUACCAUCACCACCAGCUUACGCCCCCCCUCCCGGCCCUGAAGAGAUUAUGGGUAUAUCGAAAGAUCUACUUUUGCCUGCGAGUAUCGGCGUUCUUGCAGUAGUCAUUCUGAGUGUCUUUACGAUCUCUAGAUUGACUGCGUCACGAUACUGAAGUACCAUGAUUAUGGUUUCCCUUUGUUAUCUACGGCCGGAAGGAAUGGCUUUAAGAUGAUUUGAUGAACUAGAGCACGACUAUAUACCUAUCUAUAUAACCUUUACUUACUUUGAAUCGCUGAAACCUAUGUAGCGAGGACCAAGACGACAAAACGACUUACAUACAACUUCCAUUUCCAUAAUGAAAAUUUCCAGUUCCAAAUUUGGCCAGAACCCUGGUUGAUCGGGCACAAACAAUAACAUUACGCAGUGCGCACACCUACAACCACCCACACUAUGCCCACCAAAGCUGAGAAGCAAGAGAAAGAACUCUUUCUCUCGGGAUUGGUUACCAAAAUCUUCUGUGCGAUGCUAGACGACAUCGUGAUGGACUCCGCCAUACAAGCGCAUAAUGAAGUUUCUAGGAGUAGGGCAGUGUGCGUAGUAUGUGGGACACGGU